GCGUUAUUAAAUAUGAUGGGAUAUAUUUGCUACUUGACAAGUCAAACCAAUUAUAGCAAAGUACUUCAGAUGGUGCCAGAUCGUUGCACAACGAUGCAGUCCUUUUUGAAGAGUCAAUGAGCUUGUUUUAGUGGUAAGGCUGAAGCAACCGACUGCAGACGAAAGUCGAGGAGGGAAGCGCAUCUGCGCCAGCCAAGUCUCGGGCUGAAAAUUGCAGUCGAAACUUCAUGACCUUUGAUCACAUAGUUGUUGUAAAGUUCAUGCAGUCGACGUGUAGGCGCAAAUCGGACCGUUUUUAUCCUUAUAAUGUAUCGCACUUUGAAAGGCGACUUGACAAAAGUGAUCAGCUCGAACGAGCCCAAUCACAACGCCACAAUAACGUUUGGAUCCUGAAUGUAACUCAAAGAAACCCGGAAGGCUCUUGUCAUCCCAUCCCUUCACAAAAUUACAACAACGGACACCGAAGCCACCGCUUUCGUAGCUACCUAAACGUAGAAUUCACACCUUGCUGUCCUUAGUUUAAUCUGUCAGUUAUUUUGUAGCACGCUUCUAGCUAGCUAACUCAUGUCGGACUUCUGCAGGGUCGUUAGCUAACAAGUAUAAAUCAGUCACCGGUUGUUUUGGCGUGGAGUGGUUGUUAGCCCUUAACGUUAUUCGUUAGAGAGUUUGACACGUUGAAAGAGGUGGACAGUCUGUACAUUUUUUUGAAUCAACAAUUCAAGUCACUGAUUUUUUUUCGACGUCCAGCUGCAUUCAUUACCACUGGCAGCGCAAACGCAUUUCAUGAAACCUGCGAGUCAAACGUCAUUACGUUAGCUGGCUAGCUACCUUUCAAUGGAACAUUUAUGAAUCUGUGCUCGGCUGUGUCAAGCCAUCAGGGUCUUUUCGUUGCGUCGUGAACAGGAACUCUCAAUUCCGCUUUCUCUUUUAGGCAGAGGAGGACAAGCCUUUUUCAAGAGGUCCUUAUUGUAGGUUCACAAUAAUUAUGGAGCAGCAGCACACGGGCUGUGUGAACCUUUGUAGUCUCACGAGCACUCUACCGGUGAUUCCCUAUCAAAAGCUGACUGACUUGCAUUACCUGAGUAAAGGUGGGUUCGGAACCGUGUUCAAGGCACAGCAUUGCGAUUGGCGGACCACCGUUGCCAUCAAGUGUCUGAAAUUGGAUUCCCCUGUUGGCGAAAGGGAGAGGAAUUGCCUGCUGAAGGAGGCGGAGGUGCUUCACAAGGCCAGGUUCAACUACAUCAUCCAGAUCUUCGGCGUGUGCAACGAGCCCGAGUUCUUCUGUAUCGUCACUGAGUACAUGAGCAAUGGCUCUCUGGAUCAGCUGCUUCACGAGAAGACCCUGUACCCCCUGCUGGCCUGGUCGUUGAGGCUGCGUGUCCUGUAUGAGAUAGCUCUAGGGGUUAACUUCCUACACAACAUGACCCCACCCCUCCUGCACCACGACCUCAAGACACAGAACAUUCUGCUCGACGGAGAGUUUCAUGUCAAGAUAGCAGAUUUUGGCCUGUCUAAGUGGCGUCAGCUGUCCAUCAGUAAAGGCUCAGGAUCCAAGCCACCUGAGAUGGGGGGCACCGUCAUCUACAUGCCCCCCGAGGCGUACGAACCCUCCAAGAGCCGCAGGGCCGACUCCAAACAUGACAUGUACAGUUACGCUAUCAUUAUGUGGGAGGUGCUGGCCAGGAGGAUACCAUUUGAAGAGGCGACCAACCCCAUGCAGAUCAUGUUCAGCGUGCUGCGGGGAGCGCGUCCGGACACAGGCCUGGACUGUCUGCCAGGGGACAUCCCCAGCAGGGAGACACUCAUCAACCUCAUGACUUUCGGCUGGACCGCCAACCCCGACGAACGGCACUCCUUCCUCCAGUGUGUGAUGGAGCUGGAGCCAAUGCUGAGGAGGUUUGAUGAAAUCGACAUCCUGGAGGCCGUGCUGGAGGUCAAGAAGUCAAAGCUGAUGAGGAGGGCAGGCUGUUACUCUGCCACACCCAUGGUGUGUGAGAAAGGGAGGGAGAAGGAGAAGUCUCUGAACAUUCUGAAGAACAACCCCAGUCCCUGGCCGCCAGGAAGCUCCACCUCUGGCUCUGGGUCUUGCUCCUCCCAGGACACGGACUUCUCCCAACCAAGCUCCCUCACUAGCACCAAUGCUCCGCCUUCUAAAGAAGUGUCCCCCUCGUUGUUCAUGCCCCACACCCUGGAGCCUCCGCAGCCCCUCAGAGAGCAGAGCCUGGGGGACAACAACCUCAACUACCCCCAGAGCGCCCGGCCCCUGGACGAGCUCAACAUUCCCCUCAAACCGGGCCUGCCUGAAACGGAGUGUGUGACUCACCUGGACAACCUCACCCUGAAGCCACAUCCAUUACAACCCCAGCCAGGUAACGGAGACUUCAACCCACCUUCGGAUCCCCCCGACCUCACGCUGGGCCCUGUGGCGCGCUGGAUCGCAGCACGGCGCGAGGAUAUCGUUUCCCAGAUGACGGAGGCCUGUCUGAACCAGAGCCUGGAUGCCCUGCUGGCGCGCUCUCUCCUGAUGCUCGAGGACUACGAGCUGGUGGUGAACCGGGUCACGCGCACCGCCAAGGUACGCCAGCUCCUUGACACCUGCCAUCGCCACAGCGAGGACUUCUGCCGUGUGGUGGUCCGCAAGCUCCAGGACAACAAGCAACUGGGCCUGCAGCCGUACCCCCCAGAGCUCAGCUCCCCAGUAGCCGUGCCAAGCCCCAGCUCACCCCCACUCUCUGUGUCCUACAACAACCCUAGGAAAUACUAGAACAGAACUUGUCCAGAGAAGACCAGAGACCAGAAAGACUGUAAACUGUUUAAGACUUUUAGCUCAUUGAGCUAGGUGGUGGAAGAAUUCUCUAUGGUCUGUUAGUCCUGGGUUAUAUUCAUUAGGCACCAAAUGGAAGAAAACGGACUGAAACAGGGAGGGACUACCUGAAUUUGUCCAAUAAGAUACUUGUUUUCCUUUGCACAUUGUUUCGAAACAUUUUGUGCACUGAAUACGACCCUGGGUUUUGACUGAACUUUGAAUUUAGUGGGGAAUGGUCAAGCCCAGCUGUUGUUUCACAUUGCUCAUCAUGGUACCUGCUUUCCUGCCCACUCACACAGGACAAUACUGUAUGUUGCUACUGUUCAUCGAACUGAAGGCUACUAGAAAUUGAGCGAAAGGACUUGAAGGUAAAGAUGCCUUUUGGAAGAACAAAACCAUAUUGUGUUCACUAAAUUUCACCUGUUCUCUGAAAGCAGAGAACGGGUUGGGAUUAGCAAUCAUAAUCAAAAACCUGUUAGUAUUUGAUCCAGGCUUUGAAAAAUGAUAUUAUGGAUUUUAUGUCAUUUGUCAGGUAAAUAAUUUGGUUCUCUUGAAGCAUUCCCUAUAUUCUGAGUGAUCAGGGUACAGGCCUGAGUUCUGCUUCUAUGCAUAUUUCUGUUAUUGUUGUCCCCCCUUUGCACUGAAUGGUUACAUCCAGAGAGAGACUGUACAUCCAGAGAGAGACUGAAUAACAUCAUACUGAUCUAAGGCUCUGGUUUCACUCUUUAUUGAGUGGACAGUCUAGACCAGGGGUAUUGAGCUCUUGCACUACGAGGUCCGGAGCCUGCUGGUUUUCUGUUCUACCUGAUAAUUAUUUUUAACCACCUGGUGUUCCAGGUCUAAAUCAGUCCCUGAUUUAAGGGGGAACAAUGAAAAAAUAUAGUGGAACUGGUUUCGCGGCCCAGAGUUGAGUUUGAGGGUUCUAGACUAUACAGGUCUUCAUGGGCCCGGGUGGGACCCGAUUACCGUGACUGAAAUUCUGUAGUUGACCCUCAGAUCCGGGUCGGGUCUAUGUAACUACAGCUGAUAGACCCAAGUGGACCUGAAUGGAUCCGACCACGGCUCUGGAUAGCCUAAAACAUUUUUAUUUUACGGUAAUAAGGUGAAUCUAUUGACUUUUGGAGAGCCUAGCCAACAUAUAAAGACCCAUUUGUUAGCCAGAAAACUUGGCUGAUUAACAUAAUUUUGUCACUCUGGUACAAUCGGGUCCAACCUGGUAGGGUAUGGGUCCGGUCUACGUAUGGUUGUUCUCAGGUCUGUUCGGGUCCAGAUCCCCCUUUUAGGUCUGAUUUGUCCUUGGACCCGAGAACAUCCUACUAGACUCCUCUGUAGCUAUCCAAGUCUGAAAAGGUACUUGACUGGAGUUCUGCCGUUUUGAGGUUAAUGUAGCAUUGUAUUUUGUAUUUUACAUUGUAUUCAUUUUUUUACCACUGCCUUUUCAAGACAGAUUUGAUUUAUCUUAUAAAAGGAGCUUGCGUUGACAUUGACAUAGGAUGGGCCAAGGCAGAAAUGACAUCUGAACUUAUACCAAGAAUAGAGUCAGCAUUUGUUUUUGUGGGGAAGAAAAUGUUGAUCAUUUAGCCUUUGUUGAGGCCAUAUCAUAUAUGAUAUACAUCUCCAUACCAUUUAUUUAGAAUGUAGUCAGUGGAUUUAGGUAUGGCGGAUAGAUGUAGCUACUGUAGAGUUAAUUACAUUUUAGUCAUUUAGCAGACGCUCUUAUCCAGAGCGACUUACAGUUAGUGAGUGCAUACAUCAUU